UUACUGAGCGCAUAACACACACACAACUCCAGCGGCACAAUGAAGAACGCACUCUUUUACCUUUUGGUGACUUUACCUGCUGUGAGAGCGUCUCCUUAUCAGUACAAUAUAUUCCAGGGAAACGCUUACUCUGGCACCGAAUCCCGCCAUAGGAAUAAAAACUGGUGUGCAUAUGUGGUGCAGAAAAACGUAAGUUGUGUGGUCACUGGCGGUACGGAGAGCUUCGUGCAGCCCGAAGUUGUGCCGUGUCCGCCAGAGAUGCCAAACUGUGCGCCGCAGGUGAUAUAUCGGACACACUUCAGGCCAAUGUAUAAGAUUGGCUAUAAGAUUGUAUCUGAGCUGGAGUGGAGGUGUUGCCCGGGGUACCAGGGUUAUGACUGUAAGGAGGUCAAAAACACAAACCUGCUGUCACCGGACCAGGCACCCUCUUCUCCGUCAGGUCAUAUUCCAGUGCCGCAAGGUCCACAAGUGAAUGUGGAACGUCCAUGGGCAGGAGAUGGACAGUUUCCCAUUCACACGCGUCACAUGCCUUCAUUUGAUCGGGCUGGAUCCCCAAAUCCUCGACACUUAGAAGAAGAAGUGCAGCAACUCUCCCAGAUGGUCCUAGAUAUGCAAGCCAGGAUGACUGACAUGGCCUCCAGCUUGCGAGUGGACUUUCAGGAGGAUGCCAGUAAAAUGCUGAUGUCCCUGUUGAAUGACCACAGCCAGCCAGCUAGUGUUCAUGGUGCCAAUACACAGACUAUCAGGUUCCAGGACAUCCCUACUGAGCCAGAGACGUGGCUUGAGGUGAUGAACAAGAUCAACCAGGUUACUGGUGAUCUGGAGUCCAAUACUAAUACCGUAGAUGACCUCUUGGAACGGGUCAACCGCCAAGAUGAACUAAUUCAUCUGCUGAUGAAGACAGCAGAGAAGCCUCUAACCACGCCUGGCCCUGGACACAAGCCUGACCUACAACCCUACUUGGAUGAAAAGAUCCAUGUUUUGAGGGAGGAGCUGAUGGAAGGCAUUGAUAUUAAAAUGGCAGACUUGAAAAAUUCUUGUGAAUACAAAAUGACGUCUGUCCAGGAGCUAUGUGAGAGCCAGGAGUCCCACUACCUCAGUCUCACUGAACUUAUGGAUUCAAAAGAGUCUGACCUCCGCAAUGAAAUCGAACAGCUCAAAUCAAAGCUGGAAAGAGAUGGACAGUCUGAAAGUUCUUCUCUGCCAGAUGCAGUUGUGACUCGAGUGGAAAACAUAGAGCGAUGUCUAAACCUUUCUGAGAAGACUUUCUCAAGGCAGUGCGUCUCUUUAGCAGGACAUUUAAACAGAGAUCACUCACAAGCUCUUCAAGAUCUUAAGAGAACUGUGGAGGCAAAGUUAGUCUUUAUGCAGGAUAAACUGGGCUCCCUUUUGGAAAAUACAAGGACAGAGGAGUCAACUCACAAUAUUGCAUUGAACAAAGAUGCUAACGUCACUGGAAACACAUUUAAUUAUUUACAAAAAGGCAUAAAUGAAACUGAAGCUAAAGAAACAGUUAUGGAGAAGAUUCAUCAAGAUAUUGACACCCUUAAAACAACUAUUCAUUUGCAACAUCAAAAACUUGGAGAUAUGGAAAAGUCUAUUUUCAACAACAACCUGCACUUUAAAGAUCUUACCAAAGAACUAAGAUCUGUCAAAAAUGAUCUUGAAAUGACAAACUGCAGCAAAAAAACAAAAGAAGUUGGGGAGGAGCUGGCUCAUCUGGACAGCCGUAUUGUGGCUGUGGAAGGUUUAUGCAAUAAGCUGGAACCCAUCUCUAACAGUCUUCAACGCAUCAAAGAUGGCCUUAACAAACAUGUCACCAGUUUAUGGACUUGUGUGAACCAGCUCAAUAGCACAGUGGAGUCCCAGAGCAGAGACAUAGGCCAGCUGAGAGGAACCUGUCAGAACCUACAGACACAUCUGUCCCAAGUCACCAAAGGUCUGCAGCCUUUCUUAAGCAGCCCUCCCAAGGACACAGCUGAUGACAUCACAGAACCUCCCCAGGCAGGACCCCCUCAGGCAGGACCUCCCCAAGCACAACCUCCCCCGGUUGGACCUACAGGCGAACGUGCUCUGCCUAAAAUGACAGUGAUGGAGUCCGGUGAGGCUGGCCCCCCUGGCAAAAUGAUCUCAUCCCUGUUACCCAAGGGUGCACAUGGCAGCAUGGCUCCUGUUCAGGGCUAUGCAGGAGCCCCAGCCUCUUCAGAUAAAUCUAGUGAGACAUUAAAGCCAAGUCACCCAGUGGUUUCAGUUGAGAAGAUUGCAUUCUCUGCUGGCCUGACUCCACCACCUUUUCUGGGAGACACUGGUACUAUUCGGUUUAACAAAUUGCUGGUCAAUGAUGGAGGAAACUAUGAUCCACACACAGGUAUCUUCACAGCUCCCAUUGGUGGCCGUUACCUGGUGAGCGCUGUGCUUGCCCCCGAGCGAGGUGACAAAGUGGAGGCUGUCCUGUCUGUGUCCAAUCACAGCAUUCAGAAACUGGACUCCUCAGGGUUCUUCUCUGGAGCCGCACAACCACAUAGACAGUGUAACUGCAGCAGUGUGGCUUCCAUCAGCCUGGUCCUGCCUCUCAAACAAGGAGACCGGGUCGGACUUGAACUGACUUCUGGCAAACUGGCCAUUUCAGCCUCAUCUGAGAUCCUGUCCUCUUUUAGUGCUGUACUGCUUUAUGCUACUCCAGUCAAGCAGUAAUUAUGUGCAACAUAUCAACGUGUGUGACUCUGAGGAAGGUUUUAAUUGUUAGUUUGAGCCAUUUACACUUGAUUGUGUGGAAAUGCAGACAUCUAUAUUUAUCAUUUGCAAUUGUGAUGCCGAUAGCAUAGUGAUAUAGAGAAAUGACACGCUCCAGUUUAGCAUUAGCAUUAAAAUUCACUGACCAUGGUAUAAUUCUCUAUAGUAAUGUUCACAAUAUCAGGAUAGUUCCCAUGGCAUAUAAUUUUUUUUUUCACCUUUAUGGCCAAACUCAUAUCCAGUAUGCAUCUCCGUGGUAAGAAACUCCCUGAGUAUAGCUUCAUAAACUACCCUUACAUACAUAUGCACGUGCAAAUAUGCAUGCAUAAAUGUUCAGUACUGUUGGUUAAGGUAACCACUUCAAUCUCCAAUUUGUUCAGCAUUUUAAAAUACCCUUACUCAUCAGUGCAAAAAACAUUUUAUUAACCAGUAAACAUAUUUAUAAGAAUUACUGACAAAAUACUGACAUUAAACUUUUUAAUUUUAAAAUUAUCUUCUUAAUGUUAAAAUUUCAGUCAUUUUAUCAAAAGUGCAAGCCGAUGUCUGCAACAGUGUUGAGCUUUAUGACUAACAAAGCAACAGGAUUUUCUCCAUUUAAAUUAUGUAUUUGUGUAAAGACAUACUUUGUGUUCUCUUCACAGCGAGGUUCACUUUCAUAGAAAGAAUAUGUUAUACUAAUGUGAAGUAAAUUAGCAUUAAGACAAGCAAAGGCUGAAGAAAAAUAAAUCAUGACAUUGUCAAAUCUAAUGCAAAUAAAAAAAACAUAAGACAUUCUCUAACCAUAGGGUAUUUUCCACUGUACUUGGAGGCACUAUAGCAGCAGUAUCUGAGCAGUAUGUAAUAGAACAGCAUAAUAAUUAAGGCUUGAAAAUAUCCAGCUUCUAACUUGUUUGUAAAAGUCUAUAGUUUAAUGUGUGUGUGUGUCUGCUGAUACUAAACUAAAUGUAAUGCCUAACACCAUUAACUAAAGUGCAUAGUAACUUAAAGCAUAAGUAUGUGCAUAUGCUGGGCUGUGUCAAAAAUGCAUAGCAACAUGUCAAAUUCACUUAAGCUCAAGGGAUUACCAUUAGUUCUACUUUAAGGCUGUAUGCAACUGAAAUACAGCGUUAACGUUAUCACUCCAAAAAGAAUGAUGCUGUAUUCCUGUAUAACAAACACUAUGUUGUAAUAACCUGAAAACAAUCCCAGCUGUCCACUGUUAUAAUCCAGUGUACACACUGCAGUGUUUAAAAGCCCAGCUCCUCAAAGCACACUGGGGGAAUUGGCUGCCUCCAGAAGUAGAACGAGCUGAACUCUGGGCAGCAGAAGGUGGCAUUGUGUUGUGUGUUUCUUAAGGGGAACACAUGCUCCACCAGCUCACUCAGGCGGUUGUAUCUAAAGUGGAAAGAGUUGAACAAUAAACCCUUGUCUGUCUGAGACACACACACAGUUGUUGAUGGUGUGAUACUUACGAUGUUUUAUUGCCUUUGGCUAGCUCCAGAAUCAACUCCCCUUUUGGGUUCACUGUAAAGAUCCGGCUCACAGGCACACCCACUUUCUUGUAGGCAAACACAUCCUUAAGACAGACAGGAAAAACUGUAGUUCAAAACAAUAAUUGUGUUUGACUAUAUAUUUAACUUAAAAUAAAAAUGACAAACACUUACAUUGUCUCUGUUUCCAAAAGCUGCGUAGAAGGGAUGAGUGUUUGGGUAGAACAGGUUCUUAAUGUCUGUCAGGCAUUCAAUUUUGAACUUUUCUGGCUUUUUUUCAAUGACUUCUCUAUUAAAAGAAUGAAACGUGUUUCAGUUAA